AUGCUCUGAGAAACCGGCGGCAGUGACAAAAAAAAAGAGAGGCGGAUCACAGGAAGGUGAACAGUACGAGCGAUGAGCUGACUGGUAACUAAAUGCUAUUGUUCGAUGGAUUGGUUGAUUGAUGGUUUAGUAGUUGUUCGAUUGAUUGGCUGAUUGGUUUUUCGGGAUUUUCUUCUUCUCUCUCUGCUGAUUGAUAAUGUGGUAUUCGACUGAGUGAUAGGUUGGCGUCACCAGUAGCGAGGUGUAGUUUGUGUGGCGUGUGGUGUUGCGCGCUCGCCUGCUACGGGCGCUACGCCAUGGCGGGCAGAGGGGCAGAGCGGUUGUGCGGAUGAGCGACCGACUAAUAGAUGAUCUGGGCGACCGGGUGAGCGACAGGGGGUGCGGCCCGGUGUCGCUUUGAUCGACCUCAGCGAAUUGCUGUGGGUCAGUCAUUGUGAGAGGAAAUGAAAUGGAAAGACAGCAGGCUCUGAGGCGAAACGGUGUUAUGAUGUUUAAGUGACCGAAGUGUCGAUGUGAGUGUGACAUCCCUGAUGUCGCUCAUCGAUGGCGUCGCACACUGCGUACGUGCUGCCGAACAGCAGCGGAACACCAUCGCCAGCACGACCGGGCGUCUCGUGGGAAGCAGGGGUUGGAGGGGAGGCCCAUGUUCAUCGUUCCCAUGACAGUCCGCUGCUGGCUUCGAUCACGAAAUCAGGUCAUCCGCAUCCCCGUCAGCGUGGCGAGCACCACGAACUCUUUUGCUCCACCGUCGUCCGUCUUCCUGGGGGGCAGCCGUCGUCCCCCUUCGUGGUUUUGUGCGGCGACUGUGGUGACCCCGCCGUUGUUAACCCUUGUCGCAAGUCUGCCACUGCCGCCGCCGCUACCGCUGCCGGAGCUCAGUAUCGGCGCUGCGGUCAGUGCGCAGCACUGUCUUUGUCCUGGAGUCAGGCGAGCGUAGGAGAAGAUGACGGAGGUGAUAAUGGAAGGGGAGGACCAGUAAGGGGGGGAAAUAGGAGUUCGAUGAUAUGUGGGCGGCAUGUCGUUUACCAGAAGUGGAGAAGGAAGACAACUGCAGCGGCGUCAGCGCCGCCGUCGACGACUUCGUUUCAUUACUUGCAGAAUCAGCAAUAUCGGCUGCCUGCACAUCAUCAGGUGCGGCUGGCGGAAGGGGUUUUCAUCUUCCUUCUCGAUGUUCGGUUGGGGAGUGUGAUUCUGAACGAGUGUCAAAACCGUGCCAUUCCCAGGCCAUUGACCACAUCCCUGAUUGACAGAUGGGAGGAUGACACGUGGAGAAGAUUAUGCAGUAAUAGCCGAAGCGGAGGGAAGUGUGCUGCCGCCGACGGUCAGAAAGUGGUGGAGGACCGUAAUAGUUCCACAUCUCGCAGCUCGUCGUCAGCUGGAGGAGGCGGCGGCGGAGGACACACUGGUAGUGUAAGUGCAAGAGAAGGGGCAGAGGUUCCCGUCUUAAGAAGGAAACGACUUAGGGUCGGAACCUUGGCCCUCGCUAUCGUGUUUGGGGGGGUAGGAUGGUUUAUUCACACGUUGCUAUCCGCUUUGCCGCCUGAUUUUCUCCAGCGGUGGCAGAAACUGUUCGCGGAACAGCCGCACCGUCCUAGUCAUGGGCGUCCAGAGACACGUGGCGGCACGGUGCUGUACGAUCGACACGGGACAGUGAUUGCCACAGUUGUCCAGGGCGGCGUGACGGGAGAGAGGAAGACGAGGGAGGGCGGCGGAGCGGCAGCCAAUCAGAGGGCGCCUCUGCAACCGCACGAGAUCCCAUCGUACAUGUGGCAGGCUGUCGUGGCCUCCGAGGAUCGGCGAUUCUUCGAGCACAAGGGGGUCGACCCUCGAGGUGUUUCCCGAGCCCUGUUGUCCCUCGCGAAGAGUGGGGGGGGGAGCACCAUCACUCAGCAGCUGGUAAAGAACGCCUUCCUGACCAGCGAGCGACGGUGGUCCAGAAAGCUGUUGGAAAUGCUGAUAGCCUUGAUACUAGAGCGGCUGCUGACCAAGUGGGAUAUCCUCCAUCUCUAUCUGAACAAAAUUUACUGGGGCCACGGAGUGCACGGGAUCGAGGCCGCGGCGGCUCUGUACUUCAAUAAGCAUCCGUCCAUGCUAACGCUCGGAGAGUGUGCAAUGCUUGCGGGUAUCAUUCCGGCGCCGGAGUUAUUGUCGCCAUACAGGGAUCCCAGCAGAGGGAAGAAACCUCAGGCUCGAGCACUGAGAAGGAUGGUGGAGGCGGGUUUUCUCGACGCCGGCAUGGCCGCGGCUGCUGUGAGCGAGCCUCUCGUGCUCGCUUCCGGGGAGGCUAAGGAAGGGACGUCUGGUCCCUGGCGGGCUCCUUAUUUCGUCAGCGAGGUUCUGUGGCAGCUGACCGAGAAGUAUGGUGCCGAGGAGAUGCUGCGGGGAGGGUUGCAGGUCCACACCACCUUGGACUUGCCGAUGCAGGACCUGGCGGAGAAAAUCCUCAGGGAGACCGCGGCGGAAUACGACCGAGAGCGCAUUGUCAGCGCGGAGAGAGCCUAUUUGAAGACGAGGGAUAGUUUGGAAAAGGUGAGGAAGGAGUUGUAUCAAAAGCUCAUGCAACGGCAGAAGAGGAAGGAGGAGGAGCUGGCUAUUUUCGGCCUUGACAGUCGGUAUGAUGGCAAUGCAGUCCUUACGGGUGGCGUCGAUGGCGUUAGCGACAGCGACAAUCACAGCAGUGCGCCGCCGAUGGUGAUCCCCGCAAGCAGCAGCGGAAGUAGACCCGUCAGUCAGACCGUGAGUGGGGGGGGGGCCGACGGUGCUGGUAGCAAUAUUCGGAGGAGGAAACUGAGCAGCAAGGAAGAAAAAGAGAGGGAGACUGAAGAUCGGAAUUUGGCGGCGGCGAUUGAACAACUAGAGCGAAAUGUGGAGUAUUAUCAGUCACAGCUUGUCGAGCUUAGGAAAGAGAUUGAAGCCGCCAGCAAUGCCAGAGUCGAGGGGGCCAUGGUCUGUGUGGAUCCGAACACUGGCGAAGUUAGGGUUUUGGUUGGAGGCAGGGAUUACUACGAAAGUCCGUUCAAUCGAGCCACUCAGGCUUUUCGUCCUCCCGGGUCGACGUUCAAGCCCGUCGUGUAUUUGGCGGCACUGGCGGAGGGAACGGAGAAGGAUCAUAUCAUCGUCGAUGAGCCGUACUCUGUGGGCGGUUUCACUCCGGAGAACUACGACCGAAGGUUUAGAGGAGAGGUGACAGUGGAAGAAGCGUUGAUCAAGUCCCUGAACGUGCCAACGGUGAAGUUGUGCGCGGAAGUUGGUGUGGAAAAAGUGUGCAAGAUGGGUCGUGCGUUGGGCAUAGAAGCGCAACUGCCCAGAGAGCUGGCCCUGUCCCUGGGAAGCUGCGAGGUGACGCCUUUGCAGCUUGCCACGGUGUACGCUACGAUCGCAAGCGGCGGGAUUUAUCACAGGCCGCAUUUGAUCGUUCGGAUAGAGGACCAAGACGGUAGAGUUUUGGAGGACGAAGCAGCGAAAUCCGCGAGCUCGGGGGGUGUAGACAGAAGGUCCGCCGCUGUGGUGAACGAGUACGCGGUGUCGGAAUUGCGGAAGCUUCUGCAGGGAGUGGUGGAGAGAGGCACCGGAAAAGCCGCUCGUUUGGGUCGGCCUUGUGCUGGCAAAACCGGUACGACAGACGGACACAGAGAUGUCUGGUUCGCCGGCUUCACUCCAGAUCUAACGUGUGUCGUGUGGCUCGGCUAUGACGACAACGCUCCCUUAGGCGGCGUGCAUCCCGCGACAGGCUCCUCUCAUGCCGCCCCGCUGUGGAAGAAGUUCAUGUCCUCUGUUCAUCGAGAACUACCGGUUCGGAAAUUUCAGGACAUUGGUAAGGAAGGCAAGCACACCGUUCAGGGGAUGCGGGCAUUUGAGAAGCGCUCAAGACGGCGGACCCGGGUCGGUCUCAAGGAGGUGCGAGAUUGUGUGAAAAAGGCGGAACCUAACCGACCUUGGACGGACGUCUGGGAUUGGGAGAAGGCCAGCAAGGCAUGGGAAGAGAAAGAGAAAAUGGCGGAAUGGGCUGCGGAAAGGAUCAAGCGGUCCGCGGAGGUGAAGGCAAUCAAGGAGAGGUUCACACGCUCCUUGCGGGGAGCGGCGGGACCGCCGCGCGCAACCGCCGAGCGAGGAGUGCAAUGGGGCUCCGAUGUCGGAAGCAUUGUCGUCAGGGAGACGGAGGGGUCAGAGGAGGAUGAGGAGGAGGACUUUGAAGAGGAUUACGACUUCUAUGGUGAUGGUGAGGACGGGCUCGGAGACUUGCAGGGCGAACAAGCCCCUCUCGUUCAGGAGUCUAUCUCCGUCUCACCACCAUCCUUGUCGAUGGAGGCAGGCUUUCGACGGAAUCGGGAGUGGGAUCGGAAGGGAGGAGAUGAGGGUGUACCAAUGGGAGCUGGUGGCGGAAGAGACAAGACCGGAAUGGUCGCGGAAAUCGUUCGAACUGCGGCGCGGGAGAGUGUCAUGAGUGGAAGGGUAAGACUAGGUGUUCUUGAUGACGGGUUCGACGGUCCGGAUGGACUGGAAGUGCCCAUAACUACUACUGGAGGAGUGGCUUCAACAGGGGAUAGUAACAGGGGAGAGGAGGGGACAACUCGCAAGGAGCUUGCGAGCGCGAACAGGGGAAAGAGGGAUAUGCAGGGCAGGACAGGGGGUCUGGCGUCUGAUCUGGAGGCCGGGCAACAGAGGAGGAGGGGGUUGAUUCGUCAAGCGGCCAGAACUUCAGGGUUUGGCGUUGGAACUUGGAGGGGCAAGCCCGCUAGCGAUCGGCAAGAUGGGCACUUGAGGAAGGCGAAGGAAGGCGGUGGCGCGACAGAUGGGAGAGACACGGACCGGAGCGGUAGUGGCAGUGGAGGAGGUAGCAGGGCGCUCAGUGGGCGGUCGACGGAGAUGCACGUGAAGGAGAAGAAGGAUACAUUGCCAAGCGAUGGUCGUGCACUUAUGAAGCCGGGAGGUGAAUGGUGCCCGCAAGGAGUGAUCCCGGAAGCAGUGAAGAAAAGUGGGGAGAUAAACGACGAGAGAAUUGAGGGUGCUGCGGUAGGGCAUGGAAAUGACAAUGGCCCCAACGGGGGAAGCAGUGAGUUGAAGAAUCGCCGUCGCCUCAAUGAUCCCGAAGAAGCGGCGAAGGAUGGUGAUGAUCACGAUGUUCUGUCCAACGCAAGCGCCGAAAUGGGCACAGACAAAGCUGCCAUGCGUUAUGUCGGGGGACAAGCUGCAGCAAAAUGGCUCAAUGUUGGUCGCCAACAACGCCAACUCCUUGGGAACUGGGAAACCGGUAACGGCGGUCGGCCAGAGGCAGGCACAGUAGACGACGAACGCAAUAGGUGAUAAGGAGAAGAACCUGGUAGUCUGACAAGAACCGUGUUCAUGGGAAAGAAGGCGUGACGGUUGUGGUGAUUCGGAAUGGCAAAGAAGCGUUGCCGAAUACGAGCGAUGAUGCUUUUGUGAAGUGAGGGACGGGGAGGAUAUACGUAGCCAGUCAAUCAACAAAUCAAUCAAUCAACCUAUCAGCCAAUCAAUCAAUCCAUCAUAGGAACAAAAGGUGGGGGUAGCGGUGAAAGGGCGUUCUGCCCAGCGUUCUCUCUGGAAACCGAGAGUGACACGUGUGUGUGUGUGUGUGUGUGUGUGUGUGUGUGUGUGUGUGUGUGUGUGUGUGUGUGUGUGUGAGAGAGAGAGAGAGAGNGAGAGAGAGAGAGAGAGAGAGAGAGAGAGAGAGAGAGAGAGAGAGAGAGAGAGAGAGAGAGAGAGAGAGAGAGAGAGAGAGAUGAACGUCAAACAUGUCCCCACAGUUGGGCGGGGAUCAGUGGUGCAAAAGGAAAUGGGGUCGUCGUGAACAGUAAAAGGGGAGCAUCUGGGAUAGUGUUCCUCUGUACACAGAGAACUCAACAGAGAGAGGGGCGGAGUGUGGAUGGAAGAGGAAGGAGAAUGGAGGGGAUGGGGGUAGAAUAGGUUCUCAAUCAAAUGGGAAUGGUUGACGAGGGGUUAGUUAUGAUGAUAGGACAUCGGCAGACAACAGGGAAGACGUAGGCUGAGAGGCCCGAAUGACGGCCCAGCAGGUGAUUGGUGUGGCGAUCAAAAAGGUUUAUGCCAUUUUCAGCAGGGGUUGUCCUCUCGACAAUGUCAGGGAGAAGGACAAGCUCAGCAGAUUAUGCCAUUUUCGGCACGAGUGGUCUGACGACCUACUUCAUUAUUUUCGGUUUGGGCCAUUUCUGGUUCGACAUAUGGAGGUUUAUCCGAGUCGGUACCCAUGCUUUCACAGGGUGCUCUGAGCACAUUAAAUCGACAUUCCUGAGGGAUUGCGUGUUUCGUAGCCAUUGUAGAUUACUAUUGACAGCAAGCAUAGCAGGUAGAAGAUGGCCUUCUUCAUAAGGAAUAUCUGGAGAUGAUUAGACCAAAAGAGGGAAGCCGAAGGUGUCGAUUGAUCCUGAUGUCACAUUCCUCCCUCGAGGUGAAUGUUGUGCCAACACCCAGAGAGCUGUGAGCAGUGGAGCCACACGGAAGGGGAUCCAGAGCGGGAAGAGGGAAAGGAAGAAAGAGGAGGAGGAGGAGGUGUUUCUGGCAGGAUUAUGGAAACGUGUAGUGGCAUCGGGAAUGAAACAGGGCAACGCGGUGGACCCUACCUGGAGCGGGGAAAAAGAGUGCGGUGGGGGAGGAAUUCAGAUGGCGGAAGCAGACGGGAGGAAAGAAGGAGAGAGAAACAAUAGGGAAGAGGAGGCGUUUCUGACAGUGGGGACUCUGGAAACGCACCAGAGAAGGGAUCUCAGUGGCACCACAGGAACGUAAAAGGGCCAGGGUGGGUUCAUGGAGCUUACCUGGCUCCUUCCUGUACACAACUUGGCGACAAAAUGUCAUAGCAAAUACCGGGUUACUACGUACAGUGAUUGGGGGAGGCGUGGUGUUGUGUGCAUGUGCGUGUGCGUGUUGUGUUUGUGUUUUUGUAUGUGUUUGUUUGUGUGUGUGUGUGUGUGUGUGUGUGUAUGUGUGUGUGUGUGUGUGUGUGUGUGUGUGUGUGUGUGUGUGUGUGUGUGNGAGAGAGAGAGAGAGAGAGAGAGAGAGAGAGAGAGAGAGAGAGAGAGAGAGAGAGAGAGAGAGAGAGAGAGAGAGAGAGGAGCAGGGGCUUGCUAUGCAGCAGUCAUUGUCAACGAGGAAGCUGGGAAUCAGAGUGGCAUGAACAGGCGGCAGAUAUGCGCGAAAGGUAUAGGAGGUUGUGGAGGAGAUGACCUCACCCAGGUGAGCCGAAAGGAGGGACUAGCCUGGAAAGGAAUGAGUAGCAGAUCCUCUCUGUUACUGUACUUCAUCGUCCAUUUUCAUGACUGAAGCAUGUUGAGCCAGCCCGGCACAAGAGGGUUUUGAACUACUUUUUUGUUCACCCGUGAAGGAUUGCCACAGAUUGGUGACUGCAUGGUGACCAUGAACACAACACCCUGCAUGUGCCCUGAUAGCGAUAAUAUGCGCUCUCACGUCCAGGAGCAAGUACGGAGGCUGAAUACGGCUGAAGGGCCAUGAUUGUGGUUCAUCGGCAUGGUGGUGGCAUUACACCCAGUGUGCUGUGGCAGCAUACAGGCUGCGCUAACCAUGCUCCUCACAUGGUGGUGGCCAUCUGGUGUGUGGCUGAAAGGCCACGACUGUGGUUCAUAGGGGGGGUGCCUGGUGGCAGUACAUUCAGAACUGAAGGGUGUUGUCCUGCUUUACGUGGGACUACAUGUGGUCCUCUGAACAGGAUCGCAGCCUCUGGCUGCGGUAACCAUGCUCCUCAGAUGGUGGUGGCCAUAUGCUGUGGUUCUAAGCCCUAUAUAGUAUAUUGAUAUCGAUUUGAGAUGUGGCGGAGUACGUCCCAGAAUUAUUUGUCAGCAUGAUUCCGUUUAAUCACCAGAUUUUUCGAUCUCAGGGGAAAGCCACCGUGUACAAUACAACAUACGCGGGGUCGACGUGUAAUGCGUUUCAACUGCGCUAAAAGAACUGUGUUAAUGCAUUGUACUCCAACCUGGCAGACCAGAGAGGGCAAACAAAGAAAGCCAACUAAG